CAAUUCAACAUCUAGAACUGCUACAGUUCUCGGCGACAAUGUUCGAAUGAUAAAUGCGAUACAUUUCUAUCUUCAACGUUGUGAACUUUGCGCUCAGUGACCCUCUUGGCUAACUACGUGCAUUUCGUACUAUUAAGGCCGACAAAAACGGCGCAGGAGCACGAUUUGAAGUUUUGUGCAUUCAUUUAGCUAGUUUUCACAGUCGGAUUGAUUUCCAGGAACACUGUGCUUCAUCUCACUCGUUUUGUGACUGGGUUGAGUUGUUUCGAUGGUUAUAUCGCUCGACGGUUGAGACUCCGCCGUGUUGUUUUUCAUCAAGCUCAAGAACAAUUGACUGCAUCACCAUUAUUUAUUUUUUGGGAAUCGUUUUAACUGACUCGAAUGUAUAUUUACAACUGUCUCUGACAUCUAUUCCAUCCACGUGUUUGCCACCUCUGCGUUCUUCUCAUAGAGAUGUAUCGAUUGACGUUUUGUUCCAUUUGAUAGGUGUGUGUGUGUGUGUGUGUGUGUGUGUGUGUGAGUGAGUGUGUGUGUGAGUGUGCUAUGGUAACGUCUGGUGUGUGAGGCCUGCGUCAGGAGACCCCACUGCCUUGUUCAGCAUGUCUGAAUCCCAGACCCCGUCAUGGCCACGGGGCACAGAGUGUAUGGCCAAGUACAACUUCAAGGGCACCACGGAGCAGGACUUGCCCUUUAACAAAGGAGAUGUCUUGACCAUCAUCGUUGUCACUAAGGACCCCAACUGGUACAAAGCCAAGAACACAGCAGGUCGAGAAGGCACCAUCCCAGCGAACUACGUCCAGAAGAGAGAAGGGGUGAAGCAAGGGGGCAAGCUGAGUCUAAUGCC